AUCGGACCACUGAACAACGCUGGUGAGGAUGGACGCUGAUCGCGCUGGUGACGAGCUGACGGUAGCAAAAGUGGAGCAGGCCGCCGAGGACAAGGAACAGGAGGAGAAGGCGGAGCAGGGCCAGGAUGGGCAGGACUCGUCGCCGAGCCUCCGGUCGACGCACUCCUCGUGCACGAACAGCUACUGCCGGCGGAAGUCGGCGGUGUACGUGUACGCUGGAGGCGACGCUGGUGCCGGCCCGUUCACCAUCACCCUGAAGCACUACGACUCGCUGGUGAGUGAGGUAAAGUGUCCGGGCUGUGCGGAACCGAUGGACGGUGCGAUCAGCCUGUGUGCGACCGGCCACAGUCUGUGCCACGGGUGCCGCCACAAAUGCGCCCAGUGCCCGCUGUGCGGUGCUCAGUUUACCGAGCUGCGCAACUAUACCCUCGAGGCGAUCGCUUCGAAGGUGCAGUUCCCUUGCGGGAAUGCGGCCCGUGGUUGCACCGUACGGCUACCGUUGCAGCUGCUCCGGUGGCACCGGGAACGGUGCGGCUACAAGCUGAUCGAGUGCUUCAUGGGGAAAGUAUGGGAUGGAUGCAGCUGGCACGGUUGCGAGCGGGACUGGCUGGAGCACUGUGUUCGCACCCACUCGGAGCAGGUGUACGAGACGCCGCAGCUCGACCUGCGCUGGGACUAUGGGGCGGAGCUGGCACCGGUAGCACCGCGCACCACCCAGCUACAACUCGUCGUCGCCUACUACCUGGCUCGGGCGCACGGGGAAGCGUUCAACCUGUACCAGGUGUUCGAUCCGGACAGCCGGACCGUCCUGUGGACGGUGAUCUGCGCCACCAAGGAACCGAAGGUGGCCGCCCGGUUCGCGUUCGAGCUCGAGCUGUACUCGACGGUCGACAGCUGGAAGCUGCUGGUGCAACGCUUCCCCUGUCACUCCGAGCUCGAUCCGGACUUCCUCAAGGAUGGCCACUGCGCCAAGCUGCCGCUGGGUGAAGUGAUCCGUUUCAUGGCGACUGAUAAGGUCCUGCACUAUCGCGUCCGCAUCCUGGAGGUCGGACCAUCGCGCUGCCAGAGCCUGGCCACGAUCAGCGCACCGACCAGCGCUCCGGUACCGCCAUCACCGGCUGCCACCGAUUACAGCUGCACUCGCAUCGAGCACGUCAACCUGAAGGCGGUACCGGCCGGCAACAUCAUCAUCCGGAAGCAGGCAGCAACGGAUGGGACCAGCGAGUGCAGUCGCCACGACGACGACCACGAUGACGACGAGGUAUUUCUGCCAGCGUCUGUGCAGCAGCAACAGGAGCCAACACCGACACCAUUGCUGUAUCGGAGAAGCUCCUCCUGCGAGGCGGACAUAUCGGGCAGUCCACCGGAGAAGCCAGCGCGUGUUACCUUCAAUCAGCUGCACCAGCAGCUGCUGCAACAGGAUGCAGCAGCAGCCCUCCAGCAACAGCAGCUGGUCCGGGUGCGGCUCGUGGAACAGGAGCAACCGGUGCGUGCGCUGCUGGUCGAGUCGACCUCGAACGGGCGGGCACAUUCGGUCGACCGGAUGGGCAGCGGAUCGUGCGAGAGCCUCACCAAACAACAACCGACCAGCAAAUCCACGUCCGGUCUGUCUCGGUUCUACAACGUCACGAUGUACAAGGCAGCCAAGUACCUCGAGAAGAAGAGUCAGCAUCGAGUUUCGUAGGCGACGGGCCGGCAUCCACCCAACAUGCAACCAAACGUUCGGUCGGGUGGUUGUAACAUACUUUGUGACAAUAAAAUGGUGGCAGCGACGAUAGUGCAACUU